AUGCCCGAAACAUUCCAGAAGCAGACCGGCAAGACUGAAGGCAACUCUCAGUCAAACACUGCAAGCGAGGCAGCUCAGUCUCAAGGCGCAAACCUUUUCGCAGCCCACAAGGCUCACCCGGGUCCUGUCAUUCCUCAAAAUAUGCCGGAGCAAGAGGGGACUAAGGAGGAAAGGCAAGCGAAGGCUAAGGAGUUGAACAAAUAA